ACAUGGCGGACAGUGUGAACUUAUUUAACAAUUUUAAGUCAUAGCCAAGUUAAACAAAAACAGUCCAUGGCUGUCCUUUCUCGACAGCAGCACCACUGACGAAUACAAUAUGCGGCUCAAGAGCAUACGACAUUCUGGAUUGACGGGUGACAAUAAGUGAGGCGCUACUCAUUUGGAAAGUCAUAACAAACAAACGAGGCUUGUACAUUUCUAUUUUCCACUUCUACUCCACUCCAGUCCAGGCAUGGCGGGGAGUUCGUCCAAGGGCGAACGUACAUUCUUGAAGAAUGGGUCAUUGCGAGGGGUAGAGGAGAUUUACAGGAGAGUUCUGACACCUGGCAUGCCUGGUCUUGAUAACCUGGACCGGGUGAACAAGAUCGGCAUACACCUUAAAUCUAUCCACAUGAUACCCUAUUCAUCUCACUACAGACCAAGGACAACCAUGUUACAACCUCGCUUUCGAACUCAUCCAAUUUAUGAAAACAUUGUUUUCCCUCUGGGCAGCAAGCACGAGGAUCUAGAUGACUCUAGAAAGCAUUCCUCACAGACCAACAGAUCACGAAGCCAGAAUAGCAGAGUCAAGUCUCAACUUCCCGAUGUCCCAGACUCCUCUCCCAUGACUUGUAAGCCAGUACUUCCAUACUAUGCUGAAAAAAUAACGCCAGUGCCAUCAAGGGAACGACUGCAACGUCCAUCCUCAGUCUGGACAUUCACCAAUCAGUCCGGCAGGCUGGAGAGGGAAAUUGGAGCCUUGAACAAGUGCCGGGAUCUUAAAAAAACAUCUGAGAUCAUCCCACAUCGUGUGGACCGCUUUUACUUCAUGUCCGGGGCACCAAAGAAAAUCCAUAGGCGAUAUGACGUUCAAGACGAGGAUCUACUGGCACUGCAGGACCUGGCCCAGUCUCGGUUACGGUCUCGUACUACCACACCCUCCACCAGAAGUGCCCCAGCCUGUGCCCCACCAUCCUUAGCUCAGUCAGAGAAGACACCAAGAAGGGGGAUGCAGAUUACUGGUGGAUUACCUGUCAAUAAAGAGUCCAAGUCAGAAGUAAAGACAGAAGAGAAUGAUUGGCCCAUUAAUCAGCAAUUAGUGGAAACCAACCAGGCUGCCAAUUGUAACACAGAACUGGCUCCAGUUAAUGACAGUUGUUUGUCACAAACAGAGCUUGUUGCAAAAGAGUUUGAUGAUAAAAGUGAAACUUCAAGUGUUGCCAGUGAUUGGCCCCCUGUGAAAGUGAUCCACAAGGCAGACAACUCUGUCAAUCCUGUCAACAGCAGUCCCCAGGAACCAUUUAAAGAAAGUGAGAGUGGAAAGUCUGCCUGGGGGAACAGUUACAUCGAGGUAGAGCUUAAUGGGCAUAAUGAUGAGGUUCAGGAGUGUCGUCAUGAAAAAAAAGCCAACUUCAGGGAUGCUGAGAAAUCCAGAGUUGUGCCCUCUGCUUCGGCAAAUACCAAUCUUGACAUCUCCCAGCUGGAUAAUUCAAUGCAAGCCAAUCUCUUAAGAAGUGUUGAAUUCAAGUUCCCUGGUGAUGGCCCCUUGGCAGCAAGUCCACGUCAGGUAGUUGAAGUGCAGCAGUCGCCACAGGAUUUCCAGCCUUCACCUUGCCCUGACAAUUCUUGGAGCCCUGGUAAGGUACACAAACGACCCUGUGUUGCGAGCAAAGUCAGGAGCUCCAAGUCUGCCACAGAAGAUCGGACUCCAGUCGCUAAUGGACAGGCUUGCAAACAGCAACCUCUCAAAGAUUCCAUUAAAAAUGGUUCCUCACCUUCAGUGUCUGAUCAGCGCAGGUAUUCAGAACCUUCAAACAAUACUAUGGCCAUAUUUACUGUAACAUCAGAUGGAGUCAGCACCAGGAAAGCUGAUGUUUUAGCGAUGGAUUUCAGCGAAGAGAGGAAAAUAUCCCAGGCUAAAGACAGUGAUGAUUCAGAUGACUCGGACUGGGAUUCAGACAGUCUUACAGACUGGGAUAUGCGUAUGAUCUCAGGUGUGAAAAGCUCAUUUUUCAAAUCUGAUCAGAAACUGAAGUCCUUGCGGGCUAACACCAGUCACCUGAAUGCUCAUACCAACUCUGAUCUGUCCUGGGUAAAAACUGAGGUGUAUUCGUUCGUCAGCCCUGAACAGAGGCAGGUGUUUGAGAAACACUUUCGUGCGCUGGACAAGAACGGUAAUGGGGUGGUGUCACGUAAUGAGCUACAAAUUCGGCUCUUUGAGAACUCCACUCAGAAAGACCUUGACCUCUUUGUCAAGGUGUUUGAUCUGAACAAGGAUGGGACAGUUGAUAUGCGAGAAUUUGUGACAGUGGCGGCUCUAAAUGACAAACUUUGCGGAAACACGACGUUGGAUGACAGCAAACUGCUGAAGCUUGACCUACCAAAGCUGGCAUACCACAUCACUGCUUUCAAGGAGAUGUUUGACCUGUGUGACACAGACAGGGACCUGUCUCUAAGUAUACAGGAGCUGAUGUUGAUGAUAACAGUUGGUUUAUCAGAGGAGAUUGGCACAGACAAAUCUCUAGUGGAUGUCAUCGUCCAAACAGUGGAUAGUGACCGUAGUGGCCGCAUAGAGUUUGUGGAGUUUCUCUCCUUCAUACCGUUUUUCCUGGGGAUAUUCAGCCACCUGUUGGAGGAAGCCUGCCCUGAUUGAGGACAUUGAGAAGGCCAGGUGUGCUGUGAGGAAGGCCCUCAAACCCCAGAACAAAUACCGCCCUCAUUUCAAGGAAAAAACUAAAGAUAUCUGGGCGGACUAGAACCUUGUACCAUCGGCCCUCAAAUCGCAGAGCAGACACCACCCACAUUUUAAGCAGAAAACUGAAGAUAUCUAAGUAGACUAGACUAAGUGCACCUUGUGCCAUAGGCCCUCAAACCAUGAAACCAUUUCCGCACUGAUUUCAAGGAGAAACUAAAGAUAUCUGAGCGGACGUGGGCACUCAACCCGCAGAACAGAGACCACCCACAUUUAAGUAGAAAAGUAAAAGAUAUUCGAGCAGAACCAGCAUCUUGUGACAUGAGUCCUCAAAACCUCAAACCACAUUUUAAGCAGAAAAGUAAAGAUAUCUGAGCAGGCUAGAACCUAGUGAGAUGAGCCCUCAUACUGCAGAACAGAUACCACCCACAUUUUAAGCAGAAAAGUAAAGAUACCUGAGCAGGCUAGAACCUAGUGAGAUGAGCCCUCAAAUCACAGAACAGAUAUCAACCACAUUUCAAGCAGAAACGUAAAGAUAUCUGAGCAGACUAGAACCUAGUGAGAUGAGCCCUCAUUUGAUUGGUGUUUCACGCUGCACUCAAAAAUAUUUCGUUUAAAACGAUUACAGCCAGCAUUAUGGUGGGUGGAAACUGGGCAGAGCCCGGGGGAAACCCAUAACCAUCAGCAGGUUGCUGACAAAUCUUCCCACGUAUGGGUGGAGAGGAAGCCAGCAUGAGCUGGACUUGAACUCACAGUGAGCGCUCAUACUGCAGAACAGAAAAGUAUGUCAGUUUAAAAAUCUCUAAUUAUACACACAAUUUCAAAUUCACAAUAGUUGCAAUGUUCCACAAAGAGUUGGUCACAUUUUGACAAUAGGAUGUCAAAUAUAUAACUGACCAGCCAUGUUAAAAGAUAGGAUGUCUAAUGUGUAACUGACCAGCCAUGUUAAAAAAUAGGAUGUCAGAUAUGUAACUGACCAGCCAUGUUACAAGAUAGGAUGUCAAAUAUUUAACUGACCAGCCAUGUUCAAAAAAACUGUAUCAACUGACUGUGUUGUGAUCUGUGCUUGUUCUGAGAUACAUGUACAUGUAGUGCUGAGCUAAUUUUUCACCCUGUCCUUUUUUCGUUGAUUUAUUAUGUUAAUUAUAUGAUGUGAGUUAUAUUUGGAAAAUUUACAGCCCUUUCAGGUUGACAUGAGAUUUGUACAUUUAAAAUUUUCAAAUGGAUAUUUAGAAAUAUUUAACUAAAGAUGAGAAAAUGUUAUUACUUAAAUGUGAUAUGAAUGUAUUAUAAUCUCAGGAAUAUAUCAGAAGGUACUAGGGUAAGAAAUGUAUGUGUAUUUGAGGCUUUACACUUAUACCAAAUAUGAAGCCUGAUACAUAUAUUUUUAAGUGACAUUCCUUUGUAUCAAAAUUUUAUUAAUGUAGACUAAGGCUUAAUAUGUUGUUUAAUACUUGUUACUGUAUAUCAUUAUAAUUUAAUUAGCAUUAAGCAUAAAUAUAUUGAAAUAUUUUUACUUAGUAUUUCAUAUUAGCCUAUAUCAAGAAAAUGUGGCAUUGCAUGACACAAAAAUCUUCAAAUACAUUCAAAUAACCUAUGUGAUAUGAAUGCAGACAUCCUUGUUAAUGGGGUAUUGUGAUAAUUCAGUGAUGUUUUUUAGCCAUAGAUUUCAGCCAUAGUCAGUCAGAGAUCUCUUAAAAUCCUCUGUUUAUGUAAUAAAGAGGUGUGUAUUUUUAUUUUUGUAUAUGCAUAUUGUGCAUUUAUAUUUUUGGAACCAGAGUAGUAUUUUCAUUGAGAUUUUUUUCAAAUAUAUGAAGUGGCAUAUUCAUUAUAAACUCUGGUCUUUACAAGCUUUAGG